AUGAUCAUACCGAUUCGCUGUUUCACGUGUGGAAAAGUCAUUGGUAAUAAGUGGGAGGCUUAUCUGGGCUUAUUACAGGGAGACUACACUGAAGGUGAUGCCCUGGAUGCGUUGAAUCUACGUCGUUACUGUUGCCGUCGAAUGUUGCUAUCGCACGUGGAUCUUAUAGAAAAACUCCUUAAUUACCAUCCACUGGAAAAGUAG